GGAAAGACAAUGUCCACAAUUUUUGCAACGGGGGCCCGUUUAUACCCUAGGUGGCAGACGGCGGCCGGCGGCCGGCUGCCGGCAGGCGAUUGCCCCGGCGUUCGGCCGGCAGCUCCCGCUCAAAUCGGCCGGCGGCUAAGCGAGCUCCUCGUCUCCCCAAUCCUCUGCUCUGCUCUGGCGAGGGACUCCGGCGGGAGCUGUCUGCCAUGCCAUGAAUAAUCUGGCGAUCUGAGCAUCUCUGUACUGAUGAGGAAUGCACUGUAGAAAAUACUGAAGCCUGGAACCGCUGAAUAAAUGCAGAAAAUAAAGCUCCAUUUGAUUCUGAUAUGCUGCAAGUAGCUACUAGUACUAUUCCAAUAUUUACGCAUCACACCUGGCAGGUGCUAGUAGAGGGGGAAGAUCGAAACACAUUCCAUGCUAGUGCUAUGGAUAUGGAUUGCUGAGAUUUUAAGGAACAGGGCACGAUUAAUCGACCUGUAAAGUGAUCCUGUCAUAUUCUCUGCACAAUGAAAGUGGCAAUCAAAGUGGCAAUCAAAGGAAUUACUCGAGUGGAGAUAAAUCAGCGGAACAUCACAACAAGAGAAAUUUCUGUUGACUACAAGCACUUCUGCCGUGCGUCAAGGGGCACUGCAUGGAAACUCUAGCAUGCUGUCAUUGUCACUUCUGGAAAUUAUGAACCCUUACCAAGUAAAUGGGGCAGAAGAUUACUAAAUUGGCAGCUCAGUCAAAAAAAAUUUCAGCUCCAGCUUUGUUUUUUGUAUGGUCAAAUAGCGAUUUUCUUUUUCCAUUCCAAAGUCAGUAGUAUCCCAAUCAGGCUAGGCCUUCCUUAUAUAAUCAAGUAAUCUUCUCCAGAACUAGGACAUCAAUUCCCUUGUGGGAGUACUCAAGCAUCUGCAAAGCUGUCAUGGCGAAGCCCGGUGUGUAUCAUUGUUCUAUUUCCCUGCAAGCCCUGACUGUUUUCUCUGUGCUCGUAGUUCUUUUGGAAGAUGUCCAGGGAGGGGACAAGUGCCUAAGUUUUUCAUGCGGGCCUCUCCGAGACGUACGGUAUCCUUUCCGACGUCCAGGCGACCCACCUGGGUGUGGUGCUGAAGGAUAUGAGCUGGUUUGUAGCAGUAGCAAGGCUACAAUUUACAUCAACACUGGAACAUACUAUGUUACUGGCAUCAACUAUACUGAUUCAUCCUUCUGGGUUGUGGACGCCAAUUUUAAUGCCAACAGCAGCUGCCCUCUUCCUCGGUGGAACCAAGGUCCUUACACAUACGGCUUCAUUGAUUCACAUUACUAUCUUGAUUUGGCAAUUGAAGCCAACUGGGCAUGUUUCACCAAUUGUUCACGAGCAAUAACUAAUAACAGCAUGUACAAGGCUGUUACAUGCCUGAGCGGGAGCAAUUCACAUGUUUAUGUAUGGUGGCCUCCCCACCAUUGUGUGUUUCAAGAUCUUGAAUCUUCUUGUGGCUACUUGGCCAUGGUCCCCUUUGGUGACUACCGAUAUUCCUCUGACAGCCAACAAGUAGUACGGAAUGCAAGUUAUGCAGAUAUCAUGGGAUUUAUAAAGAAUGGGUUUUCUGUUCAGUUUCCUAUCAAUGUGUACGGGAAGCGGACUUGCUCUGAAGCCAUUAAUAUAUGCCUGAACAAUUCAACCAGAUACUUCAAGGAGCAAAUAUCUGAUGCAAGCAUCCUGAAGUGGGCUCAUGCCUAUUUCUGGAGUGAGAUACAUUUCUUCAACUGCGUAAAUUAUUACCGCGAUGAGGGUUACCACUGCCAGCCAAAGAUGUUUUUGAGAUUGCAAACCAUUGUACCUGCUAUUAAUAUCAUCAAGUUACUUAUUGUCCUAUGCAGGUUCAUAUUGGCGCCUCUGUCUCUGUUGAUUUUCCUGGUCUACAAGUACUGGAAAACAAGGAUAACUAUUGAUGCAGUUGAGAAGUUCCUCCGUAUGCAACAAAUUCUUGGCCCGACGAGGUACGCCUACACCGACAUCAUCGCAAUCACAAGCCAUUUCAGAGAUAAAUUGGGUCAAGGAGGCUAUGGCUCUGUGUUCAAGGGUGUGCUACUACCAGGCAAUGUUCAUGUUGCGGUCAAAAUGCUAGAAGGUAACUCCAACUGCAACGGAGAAGACUUCAUCAGUGAGGUCUCUACCAUUGGCAGGAUCCACCAUGUCAAUGUGGUUCAUCUUUUGGGAUUCUGCUCCGAAGAGAUGAGGAGGGCCCUCGUAUACGAGUACAUGCCUCGAGGUUCUCUUGACAAGUACAUCUUCUCAGACGUGAAAAGUUUCUCCUGGGACAAGCUUAAUGAGAUCGCUUUGGGCAUUGCCCGAGGGAUCAACUACCUGCAUCAGGGGUGUGAGAUGCAGAUUCUACACUUUGACAUCAAGCCACACAACAUCCUUCUUGACAGCAAUUUUGUCCCAAAAGUUGCUGAUUUUGGUCUCGCCAAACUAUACCCAAGGGACAACAGUUUUGUGCCGUCUAGAGCUCUACGGGGAACUAUUGGGUACAUAGCUCCUGAGAUGAUAUCUAGGAGCUUCGGUGUCAUAUCGAGCAAGUCUGACGUUUACAGCUUCGGAAUGCUGCUGCUGGAGAUGACUGGAGGAAGAAGGAACGCCGAUCCAAAUGCACCAAACUCAAGCCAAGCGUACUACCCGUCAUGGGUGUAUGACAGACUAACUGAACAAGAAGUGUGUGAGAUAUCUCCCGUUGCUGACAUGCAUGAGUUGGAGAGGAAGCUGUGCAUCGUUGGACUAUGGUGCAUCCAGAUGAAGUCUCAUGACAGGCCGACGAUGAGCACAGUCAUAGAGAUGCUGGAAGGUGGCUUCGAUGGCCUGCAGAUGCCUUCCAGGCCAUUCUUCUGUGAUGAUGAGCACACCGCUGUUCCAGAUUCUUACCCUUUGUUAUCCGAGCUGACCGAGAUCUCAGAGGAGGAUGAGAUCUCGGAUUCUUAUGUAUCCCGUAUCCUGUGAACUUUUAUGUGGAAAUAUGUAAUAAAUCUAGCAGUUAAAGAGGAGGUAGAACUCCAACUGCUUAAUUGGCUGAAUGUAAUCAUCUUUCUGGAAGGCAGAUAUUAUUCGAAUAUAUGAAUAAUAGCUCAUGAAAACUGAAGUGUUAUUUGGGAUUUGUGUUGAAACAUUGUUAGCAUGAAUACAUGGUUGAAAGAA